UGUGGACAGGUCACAGGGGUAACGGGGCUGCUGGACGCCGGGUAACUUGUCAAAUGAAAUCGUCGCAGUUACCGAGUAAUUUCUCUCACACUAGUCACUUUCUGGCGCAGGCGACGAGGCUCGACGGACAAAAACACCGGCAGACAUGUCGUACUGCAGGCAAGAGGGUAAAGAUCGCAUCAUCUUUGUGACCAAGGAAGAUCACGAGACGCCCAGCAACGCUGAGCUGAUUGCAGAUGACCCCAACGAUCCGUAUGAAGAGCAAGGCCUGAUCUUGCCAAAUGGAGACAUCAACUGGAACUGCCCGUGCCUGGGUGGCAUGGCCAGUGGACCAUGUGGCUCUCAGUUCAAAGAGGCCUUUUCCUGCUUCCACUACAGCAAAGAAGAGGUGAAGGGCUCUGAGUGCAUCGACUACUUCCGUAACAUGCAAGAAUGCAUGCAGAGGUACCCUGAGCUCUACCCUCAGGAGGAAGAUAAAGAUAGCUCCACCCAAGCAGAGUCUGACACUGGUUCUGCCUCUGCUGCUCCGACUGAGGGCUCUGCCUUAUCCCCCGAAACUGACGCUACCCCAUCCACAUCAGAUGUCUCAUCUGACAGCGUAUCGCCUACAGACAGCCAGACUGCCAGCUAAGGUCAAUCACUCGUCAUCCACAGGCUCUUGUUCUCUGUGUGCAAGCACUGCCCAGUAUAAAUGACUCUCCGUGAGGAACUCUGACUGGUCUCUUGUCCUGUUUAAGCCUGCAGUGAGGGCUUAGACUGGCACAGCUCUGACAUUCACGGGCAGUAUUUACAAAGGCCAUCAGAGGACGACUUUGGACCUUGUGAAUGCAGAAAAACGUAGCGUAUGUGCAGAAGUAUAGGCUGCUUUAUUUUGCUGAGCACUCAAAUCAUUGGAUAAUAUGAUUUAAUCACAGUGGGCCAAGCUAUUUGCUGCAGGGACAUUAGCUCAAAAACUCACUUUAUAUGCAAUAGGUAAAUUUAUUUGCUGUGCAUUCUUAUGUCAAUCAGAAGAGUUGUUCAUAAUGUUUGAUUUCCUGUUAAUGUCAUUAGGUCAGGAUUAUCACUUGAUUCACUAAUUUACCAGUAAUUGCUAGAUUUGACAGAAAUCUGAGCAGUAAUCAUUAGAUUUUUUUUUAUUUGAGCAAUGUUCAGCUCAACUUAAGAUGGUUUUCACAGUUUAACAGUUGAAUCUCUUUGCUUUUCAUCACUUGAGACCAAGACACAGGUAAUCUGUUACAGCUUCAGUGCAGUGGACAUUACAUAGACAUUAACACCAGUCUUUUUAAUUGUGUUUGUUGAGAUCUUGUAGAAACUUCAGGGUCUCCAUCUGCAUAUGUUGCCGUAUGAACAAUGGUUAUCAUUUUUGUUAACUGACACUGUAUCAGGCCUAAACCAAAGUGGUUUGUCGAAUUUAACUGUCACUGCAUCAAUGUUUCUGUUGUCUCAAAACUGUGUAGUCUCUAGUUUGGAUGCUGCCGUCACCGUUCAGUGUCAUUCAGGCCUUAAAGGACUUGAUGGUAUUUAUCAAACAUGUCCAGAUUAAAAUGAUCGUUGAACUAUUUCAA